AUGAUGACCAACUCCCCACACACCACCUACUUCUCUUUCCCUGCCUACGAGAGCCACUUCGUCAGCGAGGUAGAAGCGGAACCCGCCCCAGUCACCCCAACACUCUCCCAAAGAGCGCUCGAGCCAAUGGUCGACUACGCGACCGAAACCUACCCAAUCAUCCAGCGGGAUGGACGUCUCGAGGCCGAAAUCGAGCUCAUACUGUACCUGGCCGGAGCCACUUCGCCCUCUGCUGGGCGGAAAGCCGCCUCGUUGUACUCCCAGUCCUCAUCUAUCAACAGCUCCAUCAUCUCAUCCUCUUCUUCCUUGAUCAAAUCCAUCAAGAGCUGGUGUCGGUUCAGUUAG